AUGCAGGACUUAGAGCGCCGGCUAGCAGAAAGAGAGCGCGACCAACGCUCCCCAGAACGGAGUCCCACCCGUUCCCGCUCGAGGAGCCGCUCGAGGCGCACGCCGAGCCCCCAGUACGAGUCAGAGAGCACUGGGGGGCGAGUACGCCCCAGGAAGAGAAGUCGCGACCCCAUCAUCUACGCCCGACACGAAAGGCGGCGCGCGUCGAACAGGGGCGACGAGGAAGCCCACCGCGAGAACAAUGAGUCGAGAAGAACUGCCCGAGGACCCGUCAUAAUAGGAGCGACCCCUUUCCACCACUCUGAUGCCCUCGAGCAAGCUAUCAGGGAAGGCAAACUCGCUGACUUCUCCCACCUUAUAAGGGAACCAAGGAGACGCAACCGGGACAACGACAACGAAGACAGAUCCCGACCAACAAGACGACGACAGGAACCAGAGGGUGACGACCACGGUCUCACGGUGGUAAAUGUGGUGACGGCCAGGAAUACCGCCCCGAGGUUGAAAUCGGCGCAGAAGAAAGAUGCCAAGGUCCUAGCGGUCUCCACCCCACCUGUUAGAAGUCUUAAGGGUCUCCCACCUAUCUCUUUCGGCCCGGAGGACCAAUGGGAUAGACCCCCAGCUCAUGUCGCAUCACCUGGCCGUAAAGGCAAGAGCCAAACCAGUGGCCCAGAGAAGGAGGAAAAUGUCGCAGGAAAGGGCGGACGAGGUAGCCAAGCAAACGGCCAGCCUCUUAGAAGCGGGAUUCAUCCGGGAAUUGGAUUACUCGACUUGGUUGUCGAAUGUGGUUCUGGUUAA